GCGGGUAAUUCGCCACGUUGAGAUUUUCUCUUCGCGAGUUUCUAAGUCGAUUGACAGGUCUACUGUAACAAUAAAAUGAUAGCGAGCCUACAUUUAUUCGCAUCUAAAUUCAGAUUGUUAUUAUUAUGUUCAUAUAAUUUUAGGAGGGAAGUACAGUUGGUUUUUACUAGCUUCAAAUACUUUUACUAGUAUUCGCUGUUAUUAUGCGUGACAUAUCAAUUAACAUUUUAUGUGAAUUUAUCUGCAGUUCAAUUUCUCACCCACUUCUCCUAAAACAUAUAUCGCAAUCUCAAAAAAUUCGAAGAAAGAAUUCGCCGUGUUCUCAAUAACGGAUACAUUCGUUUCGCUCCGAUCGCUCACGGAUCAUAGCGGAUCUGCCGCGACCGCUCGCAGAGAUCGAUAGAUCUUCCCGUGUGAGUGGAUUUUCCGCUUGUAUCGCGAUAUCUCUCCGAUAAGGUGUCCGUUGUGUUUCGUCGCGCGUGGCGAUUUACUUGAGCUGAUCUCCACCGCUUCCAUUAUCCAGCGGCUCACGUUGAUCAUUGUAAUUAGCAUGCGGCUAUUGUUUAGAUUAACGAUCGACGGUGCUGCGCGUUGGCCAUCGUAAAUUCCUCGCCAGAUAGUUUCGCUGUGUGUCUCGGUCUCUCGCUGGCGCAAUCGCACGCAUCCCUGCGCGCUUGCAUAGCCGAAAGAUGAGUCGUUUCUUUACGACGAACAAUUGUGACGAGCAAACGUCUCCCUGCCGAGUAUUUACAACAAUCGUCCUCGACCGUAAAUCUAUAACAUCUAGCAUAUCGCUCUUAUCGCGGAGACAAACUGUGCGAUUUGUGAGAUUACGAGAUAUGAUAAAGCGCUCAAAUUAAUCGCGGCCGCCGUGAUUACAGCUUGAAAAAAUCUUUUAAAAAAUGUUUCAGUAAUGCGAAAUGACAGAGUUUUUGAGAUUUCAAUGAUUGGUGAGUUAGUCAUACGCGUGAUGAAGAAAUCGCGAAAAAAUUGGAAAAAGCUACAAAGCUAUUAUUUUAAGUAAAAAGUAAUCUUUGCAAGUAAUCUUUAUCUCGUUGAUAGCGUUCUGUGAAUAUCAAGGUAUUCCUUCUUGCUAGAACAUGUUUUUCUUUGCUAUGUUUCGUGAGUUAAAGCAAUAGAAUUUUAAUUACGAAGAUGAAAAAAUUAUAAUUAAUUAUUCUGCUUGAACGAACCCUCGUCUUCUUUUAUCUUAGCGAUUCAUCGAUCGCUUUGCAUUGCAUUUUGCAUAAACACCAAUAAAAUAACGAACCAGCAAAUAAAUAUACAAACGAAACAAGUCUUCCUGAAUACUACAGAAAUUAUUUUCUUUUUAAAAUGUUACAUACAACUUUUACAUUGCGUCUAUAUGUAUGCGUACAUCUUUCUUAUAUCUACUUAAUUAAUUAAAAUUUGCUUAUCAAUAAUCUUACUAAGCAAACUUUACUGAAUAUUAAAGCAUUUUCAUUAGUGAGAACAAACAAGAGAGAAUUCAAUGCAACGGUGAUCAUGUCGCGGCCGUCGAGUUUUCCUCAUCAAACGCGAUUCGCUACAUUAUUCGAAUUCCGUGAGGACGGAUGCGCGGCACGCAUCGCUAGAGCUCCUUCGUGACACGGCCAUAAUAGCUUCCGGUCAGAUAUCCAGCGGCGCUCGCUUCCGGUUCCCACCCUUCCACAACUGCGGAAUGAAAAAGGGGAAUUGGUUAAUUCCCCUGUGUUGUUAUAGAUGUAAUCGCGGCGCAAAUAACGUCGUAAAUUCCAGCCCGACGUAUGCGAUUUUUCCCGACACCGAGUCGCCGUCGAGUUGUCGUGCUGACGUUGACGAGAACGCGCUCAAGCCGUUGUGCAACGUGCAUGUAACAUUGUGAUAGCGGCUAGCACGCGAUUGCUUUCGAUGUUUCGCAGCGAUUGUCUUUAUUACUCUACAAAUGGCGGGGAUUCUGCGAGAUAUCGUCGGACCUAACGGAAAUUCGGGAAACCGUAAUCUGUUAUUUCUGCCUGAUGUAAGGAACGAGAGAAGAAAAGUGGAGGAAACGGCAAGGCUUGCGUUAACCACGAAGUCAUCCGAUCCAGCCAUUGCCAUGGAGGACGAGGACUUCGGUUUCACGAAAAGAAAAGAUAACAUCCUUAAGAAGAUCCUCGUCGUUAAUAACGAGCAACCGGACGACGCGGGAAACGUUCGUAAUGCCGAACACUGUUCUCUAUCUAAGACGUCGGAAAUCGUUGGUGGUGGUGGAGGAGGAUCAACAACACCAGCGCCUCCGACCAGGGCCGGAAGCGACGACCGUGAACGCGCAUCAACCGCCGCUGGCUCAGUCGUGCCCAACACGCCGGACAUACCAAACGUGGUGGAGUACCAUCUUAAAGUCAAGCCCAGGUCAACGACGAGAUACUGCCGGCCCGAUAACUUUCCUAAGGAGCAAUCUGAAGAGAUGAAGAAGGAGAAGAAUUCAGCAUCAUCCGAUGAUAAAAAGAAAGACCUCGUAUCGAAGUUGUCGCGUCUAUCAAUAGAUAAUAACGUCUUCGAGGGUUCUACUGAUCUGCCACAAGUGUUUCAGGUGAAGUAUCUGGGAUCCCACGAUGCAAGAGGCCUCUGGGGCAUCAAGCACACGAGGAGGCCCGUCGAUAACAUGGUCUCCGCCGCGAAGGCCUUGCCGACCAACACGAUGCUUCCUCUCAUCAAACUGGUGAUCUCCCAGGAGGGAGUUGCCUUGUUACCGUUGGACAAGAGGAAGCAGGAUGCAAAUCUGUCGAGGAUGUAUCCGAUCGAGACAAUCUCCUAUGGAGUACAGGACCUCGUUUACACCAGAGUGUUCUCCAUGAUAGUCGUUCGGGAGACCGAGAACUUCCGGAGGAUCUCGCCGUUUGAGUGUCACGGUUUUGUCUGCGAGUCCAAGUACUAUGCGAGGCAAUUAACGUACGCCCUCGCCACAGCGUUCGAGAUUUACUCGAAAACCGUAAAGGCGCAGGAGAAACUGGCCCAGGUCAACACCGCCAAGAAAAGAUUCGCGAUCGAUCUCAGAAGUCCCGAGGAGAUCGAGGCGGAUCUCACAAUGGACUCUGAAGCAUAGUUUUAGACACCUGCCGUUAUUCAUUAGACUAAAGUAUGAAUAAGUGCAAAGCUUGUUUUUUUUAAUUUGAAGAAUCUUGAAAAGUCCUACACAAAAGAAGUAACGAAGUCAGUUCAAUACGCGGAGCUUGACGAAAAAUCUAUUCGGAAAAUAUUCGAUUUAGCCCGAUCAAAUGAAGUAGAGUAGAAAACGAAGGAUUAUAUCGUCGACCUAAUUAAACCUUUUAACUCAGAAAAUUACAAUUUUACAGAAAAGCCAAAAAACUGAAAACUUUCGUGAGACUACGAAUCUUAUCUUAAAUAUCUCAAUUUUGUCAAAAAUUGGAGUUAGAAGGUUUUCUACUUAGACCGACGAUAUUCCAAAUAUUCUGUAGAAAGGACGAUACAGGGUAAAAAAUAUAGUAGGUUUUCUCAUCAAAAAGUAUUACCGUAUCUCUGCUGCAGAAGAAAUGCAUUUAUAUCAAGUCAAUUAUUUUCAAUUUUUCACAUUCUAGUACUUUUUAUAUUAAGCAUACAGACUAUACAUAUAAUAAAUAAAUAUUUAUUGCUUGAAAAAUUAAAUUUAGAACAAUAUAUAAUACUAUUUUUCUAGCAAAAAACUAAACUUGACAAAAAAAGGAAAUUUAAUAUAUUUCUGAUAAAGUUGAAUUUAUUACAAUGCAUUUAUAUAGUAAUCUUAUAGGAAAUCGUAUAGAAUAAACAUACAAAUAUUACAAAUAUCGAAAAAUUCAUCAGGAAAUAUUAAUAGUCAUAGAUACGAUCAUUAUAUGUAUUAUCGAGCAUAUUAAGUAUAUCAUUCCUAUUAACAAUCGCGAAGAAAAAAGAAAAUUUUUUUCACAUUAUGAGAAAUGCCAAUAGACAGGGUGUCCUCCCAGACUUACCGAAUCAUCGCUUCAGGGUAAACUUCUGGCGUCAUUCUGAGACGAAAGUUCCUCUGGCAAAAUGUCUGGGACACCCUGUAUAUACAUAUAUAUAUUUUAAUGGAAAUCAGUGAUAUCGGUUUAGAUUUGCUCGCUUAACAUUUCAUCAGCGACACAUUCGAAAACAAAAAAUAUUUAUUGUCAGAGUCUUGUUAUAUAGAUAUGAGUGUUCUUCUUUUCGCAUAAUCGUUGCUUUAUUAUAUUAUCGGCAUUGCGAAAAACUGGAUGGGUCUUGCCUAUCUCAGACAUGAUGGCUAGCUGUCCAAAGAUAUCAAAUAGAAAACAACGAUGGAACGCGGGAGUUGUGGAUGAUGUUUUAAGCGUCGUGGCGACUCGUGCGAUUUCAUGAACAUUUUACGACAAUCGACCAAUCGGACGAUGAUUUUGGAUUUAUUUCUAGCCGCUUUGUGUGUGCGUGUGUGUUUUUAGCUUAAGUCAUUACAUUGAAGCUACUUUUUUACUUUUCAAUGUCGAUGACAACUUUCCAAGAGCACACAUAGAUGACCCGAAAAAGCUUUUUCCUGACUGUUUAAAGCACUUUUAUUAUAGAGUAUAGUACUAUAGUGUUGUUUCUUAUAUGUUAAGUUCUUAUAUUAAGUUAAAAAUUAAUUAAGUUAGAAUUGUAAUUAAUUUAAUUUAAAGUACAAGAGAUCAAUAUCUAAUCUAACAAGAGACCAAUAUCGAUACAUAUCAAUCAUCGUAGAUGCAUAAUGUUGCCAAUAAUUCUGUUUAUAUGUUAUCUGUGUAAAUAUGUUGCCUCUGUUAUUAUUUUUAGUCAGUAAACUUUUCUUUCUGCUUCAUUUCUUUUAUAUUUGUUCUAUUCUAAUUUUUGUACAUGUUGGGCUUGGGACAUCCUGUGUAACAUUUUUCUUUGUAUAAUAAUAGCUUUGCGCUUUAAUUGUAAGAACUAAAUGUAUAUUCACACAGUCUGUACUUAUCUUGUAUUAGCGAUAAUGUACAUGAAACUUUUAUUUUAUUGUAGAGCUUUUCUUAAUAAUAAUUAUCAUAUAUGUAUUUUA